AUGCCGAAAUAUAAUUUUAUGAUAUCGAAAGCGGUUGAUCUGGUCGCUCGAAAAUUAGCUGGUAUGGAUACAGAUACAAUUGCACGUUUAACAUCAACUUUAAGUGAAGAAGCACAAAUGAUAUCCGAAGAAUUACAAUAUAGUGGUGAACAGGUUGAUUCAGAAAUUUUAGCAGCAAAAUUAGAAGGAGUUAUAGCACGAAUGAAAUAUGAAGCACGUAAUAAGGGUCCUGAUCCAUCACCAUAUGAGUUUCCUAUUUUUAAUGUUUCUCAUAAUCCAGAAUCACCUUAUCCUAAUCCAAUUAAUCAUUUAUAUGACAAACGUUAUAAAGAAGCUUAUUCAACAUUUAUUAAACAGAAUCAACCUUCCUCGUCACCUUCACAAAAAACUAAUUCUUCCACACCAACUAUACCUCCACCAUCACCAACAACACCGUCAUCACCAUCAUCACCUAAAACAGGAACAGCAAGUUCUAAUCCUCUUUCACAUUCAAAUCAUUCACAAGGACAAUACCAACAACAACAAUCACAUAGUCAACCAUCACCACAAUCUCCUGGUUUUUUACCUAGUCUUGAUUAUCAACAAGGUAAUGCUUGGUUAUAUAUGAGUCCAUAUGUUAUACAUCAUCAAAAUAAUAAUUUCCUUCAACAGCAACAGCAACAGCAACAACAACCACAAGGUUCCAGAUCAACGCCAUCAAUUUCAAGUAAUACACAACCAUUAUAUCGCUCAUCAACAGCUGAUGAUUUAUAUUCACGUUCAGUAUCUCGUUCAGCAAGUAAUAACGACUUAGAUCAGUCUAAACCAUCCGGUAAAGAACAAAUUCGUGUUCGUGUUAUUAAUGAUAGUUCAGCAUCAUUAGCUGAUUCACAAACGGAUCUCUUAUCUAAUCAUCAAUAUCAAACACAAAGGUCAAUAUUAAAACCAUCUACAGAUUCUAAGGAUAAUAAAGAUAUAUUAGCACAACAGACAAUGUAUGUAACACCAAAUACAGCGAUGAAUCAACAAGCAAUGCAAAAUCCAUUAAAACCUGGUAAUAAUCCACAACAACAACAACAACAACAACAUCAUCAUCAUCAUCAUGUUGCACAAUCAUCAGCAGCAUCAGUGCCAGAACGUGUAAUUCUAGUUAAUCGACAUGCUUCAGGCCCACCACAUAGGCAUUUUCAUGCACCUGGUAAACCUCGAUAUUAUACAUAUGAAGCUCGUUCAUCAGUAGGAAACCAUAGACAACCGUUAGCAGUAACUGGUUCGAGUACACCAUCAACUGCAAGAAGUACGACAUCAUCAGGUGUCUAUGCAUCCCCACAACAAAAUUAUUAUUCAGGUCAACAAUUAUUUUAUCAACAACCAAAGGUCUAUGGAUCGACACCGAAUCAAUUAUAUUCAACAGCAUCACCUUAUGUACCACGUGUGAAUGGAUUUUAUCCAUUUGGAUACUAUCAUUAUUAA